AUGACUUCUACUGUCGAGGCAUUGACAGGAAACCCCCGAAGCCACGAGCGCAAGCAUAACCGGCCCAUCAUCCAUAAUCCCUGUUUCUACGCCUCAUGCUUCCUUCCCGCCCAAGCUCUGAUUCAACGUAAGCACACUUCCGUUCCCACGCGUCAUGCUUCCCAAUUCGCAUCCGGAAUCCGUUUAACACUUGCCAUGCUUGACAAUGUCAUGGGUGCUACCGUGGCACGUAAUCUUGCGGUUAUCGCGAGAGCAGCUCUUAGAGCCGCCGCCGGGCUGAACCACACGACGGGGCUCGUUGUCGCUGCCGCAGUCGGCGAGGUGGUAGGCUUGGUUGUUGAAGUAGAAGGUCUGGUCGCAAGGGCUGUCAGUGAGCCUGGUCAGAACGCGAGUGUUGGGGCAGGCGCUUUCGCCCUCGAUCCAGACGACCCAGUGGUUGGCCUGGUCGUUGUUCUGGAGUUGCUGGCCGUAUCCGACGGAGACGGCACCGGGCACGGGGGCUGGCACUGGGGCUGGGUUGGCCAGGACGGCGGUGAUGAAUGGGAGGGUGGAGAGGAGGGUUUUGAAUUGCAUUUUUGCGAUUGUUCCUUGGGUUAG